AUGAACCCAGAAAACCAAACAUCGUUGACUGAAUUUGUCUUACUUGGUCUCACAGACUUGGCAGAGGUCCAGGUUCUACUCUUUGGGGUGUUUUUGCUAUUCUACCUAGUAAACUUUAUUGGGAACUUCUCUAUUAUGGUGACCAUCAUUACCGACCCCAGUCUUCAUACUCCAAUGUAUUUUUUCUUGUGGAAUUUGUCUUUGAUUGACAUUUGCUUUUCAUCUGUUACCGUUCCAAAGAUGUUAGCUGACUUCUUGGUCUUGAAGAAGAUCAUUUCCUUUGGAGGUUGCAUUUCUCAGAUAUUUUUCUUUCAUUUGUUUGGAACAACAGAGGUCAUGCUCCUCACGGUGAUGUCCUAUGACCGCUAUGUGGCCAUUGGCAAGCCUUUGCGUUAUCACAUCAUCAUGAGAAAACAUGUUUUUUUCUCCUUGGCAUUAUGCUCUUGGGCGGCUGGAUUUUCUCAUUCACUUCUUCACACAAUUUUAACAGCAAAACUUCCAUUUUGUGGACCAAACCUGGUGAACCAUUUCUUUUGUGAUGUGAAGCCAGUGUUGAGUUUGGCAUGUAAAGACAUAUCUUUAAAUGUAAUGCUUCUCAUCAGAGUUGCUGGUUCCAUAGCUGUCAGUUCUUUUCUCCUAACUUUUCUUUCCUAUAUUUUUAUUGGCAAAGUUCUACGAAAAAUACGCACCAAAAAGGGACGAAAAAAUGCACUCUCCACGUGUAGUGCACACCUCACAGUUGUGUUCCUCCUAUAUGGAACAGCCAUCUUUACCUAUGUACGCCCUUCAUCGGGCAAUUCAUUCGAUCAAGACAGGAUCAUUGCCGUUCUGUUCACUGUAAUCACCCCAGCUUUAAACCCUGUUAUAUAUACACUGCGUAACAAAGACAUGAAGAAAGCUCUUAAAAGGAUCACCAAUGGUUGGUCAUCCAUUGACAGAAUGUAA